AUGACCAACCACUCCUCACCUACUGUUACCGGUACUUUGGAGAAUCAAGGAAACUGUACUACAAGUCCUGUGUACUGCACAUCACUUGUAGUCAUCUACUCUGUUGUUCUGCUCAUCGGCACCAUCAGCCUGAGCUUUAUGAUGCACAUCUUAAAGUCCAGUACAACAUCCAUCACCUCCAUCGCUGUGCUCAACCUCAUCUUCACCCACUUCGUCUUUCUUCUCACUGUGCCCUUCCGGAUUUACUAUUUCGCAAACCGGAUGUGGGAACUGGGCCUUCCGUGGUGUAAGGUGAUGAGUGGCAUGAUCCACAUCCACAUGUACAUGUCAUUUAUCUUCUAUGUGAUCAUCCUCAUCACACGCCUCAUGUCAUUCUACAACAAAGGUGGGCAGAUGGCCUCCAUCCAGAGGCUUCAUGCACUAGUUGGUAGUGCCAUAUUGUGGAUAGUGGUGCUAGUCAUAGUCCCCUUAAUAAUGUAUUAUUCUUAUGGCAAACAUGAAUCAAGUGACAACAGAUGUUGCUUCCACUUUGCCAAAAGCAUAGGUCCUGCCGCCAUAGUGGUGAACUACAUCAUAAGUAUAUUUAUCAUAAUAGUGGCCAUUGUGCUGACAGCCCUCCAAGCCAAUGUCCUGCGGGUUUUAUACAGGAAGCAUCAGCAGGGAUGCACCUCACAGCAGGAAUUUGGGGCUCAGCUGAAGAGCAUGUUCUUUGCUCUCAUCAUGGUGAUCUCCCUAAUUCCCUACCACUUGUUCCGGAUGUAUUACUUAAAACACUUAGAUGAUCUGCAGAGUCUCAAUGAGGUGUUUCUGAGUCUGACCACCUUCAACUGCUUGGACACGCUCACCUUCUUGGGGAGGAGAACUUGUCUCACAUGCUUCCCGAGACAGGCUAUUUGAACAUUGUGGGUGUUAUUUUCUGUGAUUAGGUCAAGAGAUCUAAUU